AUGGCUACGGGAAUCGAUCACAUGCUUACUCACUGUCAAUUCAAAUCAUACAAUGAUUUUGUUGUCAAUGAAGACAAUUUUUUGGACACUUCUAGUGAAGAAUACUGGUUGGCUUCGGGCGCAACGAUCCACAUUUCGAACAAUGCGGACCAUCUUGAUCACCUUACACCAUUCGAAGGGUUAGUCAAAGAACUAGGCUCUAGCGUGGCUGUGAAAGUUCCACUGCUCUUCACAGUGCGCUCAAUUCAACAGCCUUCAUGUUAA